AUGUCUGAGGGCUUCAGGCGACCUGGACAGGGCUCGAGAAUAGGCAAGACGCAGCCGUUCUUGCUGCGCCGCGAUGCAAAGAAGGGAGGCAACAAGAACCAAGCUACUCGCAAAGACGGCGCCGUCGCGUCGUCAGGCUUCCACACUACGAGUUCGGCCAGCAACAAGCGGGCUCGAGAGGAUGAUGAAGACAAGUCGGAAGACAUCAAGAAGGCUCGAGGAGAGUCAUACACCUCACCUACCGACUCGUCCGCUUUUCGCGCUCCUGCCGAGCUACCACAAGCGACCAGCAAUGAUUCAGAGCUGGCAGACUUCUCUGAUGGCACAGACGAGGAUGGCGAUCUCAAGUCUGAGGAUGUAGAGCUCGAGAAUGCGGAAUCUGCGGAUGUUGAGACGGUGGACGACUCACCACAGGUCGACGACUUCUAUCCAGGCCUCUGCACCGCCAAAGAAGCGGACGCAAACCUGACUCGGUACAAAGCGCAGCAAGCAAAGGAGCGCGAGGCACGCGAGAAAGAGCUGGAGGCUACCAAAGCCGUGGCAACGGAGAUCCCCGAUGUCUCAGCGACCGCUUCCUACAACGCGUACAAGAACUGCCCCUUCAGAGACACCCAGAUCCUCGACGGUGGACACAAAGCAAGCAGAGGUGAAGAUCGCUUCGAAUACGGCACUUUCAGCUUAGAGAGUGACAAGCAGUACCUCCACUGGACCCGCUUUGGUUCAGAGUACGCCACAGUCUCCCUCAAAGCUGGUGAUCUCACGCAUAUCAAGUGGCAAGGCGAAGGCGAGUUUGCUGCUCUCGAGGUUAGCAAGUAUUUCCCAGCUUGCGUGGAAGAGGAAGCAGGCGACAAAGUUUACGACUUCCUCUUCCAAGGCGAGGACGCUUGCCAGACCGCCGCAGCUUUCGGCUCCGCGCUCAAAAAGCUCCGUAAGGCGACCCGGCCGGACCCUAUCACCAUUCCUACCACCAAGGUUGCACAAGGCCUGCCAACUCCAGCCGAUAGCGCUUACGUCGGCUCGCCGCCUCCGACCGCCUCCUCUACCCUCUUCCCAUCCGACCGCGACGAGCACGGCCAUACCACGGCGGAGAUAGCCGCGAACCACGCAGAAACUCUCAUCUUCCGCACCGCCCUCCAGACACACGACACCUUGGAGCUCUGGCCUGGCACAGCCUUCACCAAGAAAGCUAUGAUCGCCUUCCUCACUUCCAAGGACACCUUCCACAACAUCGUCGAUUCCACCGCUUACGCCCGCGGUCUGGGGUCAAAAUCAAAGACUCAGGUCCAGGCCCUCGUUAUCUCCUAUUUACAGACCUAUCCCCUCGAGGGCGCAAUCGCUCCUCUGACAGUGGCUGAGAAGAAGAAGCUGGGGAAGCCGGGGUAUACAGCACCCAGAGACCGGGUCCUGGAUGAGGAGAAGAAGCAAGAGGGGGAGAAGAAGGUGGUGCAGCCUGGCUUGUUUGCGGCUGAGUGGGAUGGGGUGCACUAUGGGGUGUAUGAGACGAAUGAGCAGGCGAUGGAGGUGGUGCAGAGAGAGAUGUUGAAGGAUGCCCAGGAGAGGAAGGGGGUAAGGGACCAGAGGUUGUUGCAGGGGUAG